AAAAACAACAAAAAACCUCUACGAAGUCGCGAGUCAGAUUGUGACGUCACCAGACACCAUCGGUCCGACAGCCGCCGUUUCAGCCAUGGAGGAAGUGAGAGUGUUUCCCCUCACCUGUGCCGUGCAACAUUAUGCGUGGGGGAAAAUUGGGCUGGACAGCGAGGUGGCCAAACUUGUGGUUGGGGGAGACCCGCUAGCUGUCGUAGAGGAUGGAAAGCCCUAUGCAGAGCUGUGGAUGGGUGCCCACCCAAAAGGUGAUGCCCAGAUCAAAGACAACAGGAUCGCACAGACCACGCUGGGCCAGUGGAUCGCCCACUUCCCUGGCUGCCUGGGCUCCAAGGUCAAAGACACUUUCCAGGGACAGCUGCCCUUCCUCUUCAAAGUCCUCUCAGUCAAUACGGCCCUGUCCAUACAGGCCCACCCCAACAGAGAGUUAGCUGCUCGUCUCCAUGCUCAGUUUCCGGAGCACUAUCCAGACAACAACCACAAGCCAGAGAUGGCCAUUGCUCUUACCCGCUUUCAGGGCCUCUGUGGCUUCAGACCAGUGGAGGAGAUCCUGGGAUUCCUUAAAUCUGUCCCAGAGUUCCACGCUCUGGUGGGCAAUGAGGCAGCAGAGGAGCUGCGAUGCAACGUGGGAGAUGCGGCUCAUACGGGCCAGGUGCUGAAGAAGUGCUUCACCAGGAUGAUGAACUGUGAGAAGAAGGUGUUCGUAGAUCAGCUCAACAUGCUGGUCAAGAGAGUCACUGAAGAAGGUGCAGCAGGGAAGGACACAUCAAGCAGCAACGGCCUGCUGCUCCGUCUCCACUCCCAGUACCCUGGAGACAUCGGCUGCUUUUCCAUCUACUUCCUCAACCAAAUAGUCCUGGAUCCAGGCCAAGCCAUGUUCCUGGGAGCCAACGAGCCUCACGCUUACCUUUAUGGAGACUGUAUUGAGUGUAUGGCCUGCUCAGACAACACAGUGAGAAGCGGUCUGACACCGAAAUACAUUGAUGUCAACACGCUGUGUGAGAUGCUGAACUACAACCCUGCUCCGGCCAGCUCCAAAAUCUUCCCGUGUGUUCAGGAUGCCUCAGAUCCCUGUGUGUUCCUGUACGACCCCCCAGUGCCAGACUUCACUGUCAUGAGGAUACAGGUCCCAGCCUCGGUGAAGCAGUACACUGUUGCAUCAGUUGACAGCGCCAGCAUCCUCCUGGUCAUCGAAGGCGACGCCACGGCGACCUCUGCAGCUGCCCUCUCUGAUGUCACGCUGAGGCGGGGCACCGUCUUGUUCGUCUCGGCCAAUGAGAGCGUCUCCCUGCACAUCACCUCCCAGGCGGGGAUGAAUAUGUUCCGGGCCUGCUGCCUCCUGUAGCUGUGAGUCUGAGGCUGUGUGUGAAAGCUCAAACUACCUGUGUGUGUUUUCCUCUGGUUUGACUCAGAAAGGACGACACUGCGUUAAGGAUCAAGCCCAAUUAUCGUAGUGCACUUUUAAAGUAGGCAGUAGAGCUUUCAGACACAGUGUGCCGAUGCCCGUCUGUGCCCGCUGCUCCCCCCCAAC